AUGUCCCCCGCUUCGACGCAUGCCCGGUUUUGGACGGAUAUGAACGAACAUCUACCAUUUAUAGAUCACAUGAUAUUAUACACCGCAUUUCAGGCAAAGGAUGAACUUGAGACUAAGGACUCUCUGGUCAGACAAGAGCCUAAAGCCCUCGGUCAGGCAAUGCAAGAAUAUACGGCCACGCAGUCUGGGCCCCUAGCUUCACUCGGGGUUCACACUUAUGCCUAUUUACCUCUUCCUGCACCGGAUAGAGAUACUCUCCGGGCAUUAUUUACGGACCACGCCCCCGAAGACCCACAAGAGCACAGGGCGACACAAGCCUAUUAUGAGAUCGCGAAGACCACCGUUCUUGAUCCCAAACAACCAUCAGCUACGUACCUUUCCGCCUUAGAGCAGACAAAUUAUGCCAAAGACCUCAACGAUGCGAGUAUCCCAGUUACUUCGCCUGAAAAAUUCGUCACGCUUGGAGUCAUGCUCUCUCAGCCGCUUUCCCGCGGAAGCAUUCAUAUGUGA